GCGCCCGCCCCGCGCGCACCCGCAACACGGACACGGCGGGCUCGGGACGCGCCACGGGCAGCGGCUCCGCGCGGGCUCCGACACAGACACGCAAACACACAGACAGACAGACACACAGACAGCAGCACCGCCACAGCACAGACACAGACACAGAGCGCAGCGGCACCGCGGCACCGCACGCAGCUCAGCGGCACCGCGCAGGGCUCGGGCGCAGCGCAGCGCGGCACCAGCAGCGGGAGGAGGACGAGCGGCGCACGGUGCUGGAGCCCGGCCGGCGGCACUGCCCGGAGAUGUCGGGGGUGCUGGUGAUCGCUGCCUGGUGCUUCCUGCAAGUGGAGAGCCGGCAUCCUGAAAUCAUCACGAGUAACAGCAAUCAUGGCAAUUUCCUGGACAACGACAAAUGGCUGAGCACCGUCUCGCAGUACGAUAAAGACAAGUACUGGAACAAAUUCCGGGAUGAUGAUUAUUUCAGAAACUGGAAUCCAAACAAGCCGUUUGAUCAAGCCCUUGAUCCAUCCAAAGAUCCCUGCCUGAAGGUGAAGUGCAGCCCACACAAAGUGUGUGUCACCCACGACUACGAGACCGCGAUUUGCAUGAGCCGCAAGCAGCUGGUGCACAGCCUUCGACAAAAGAAAGGCAACUUGGCCCAGAAGCACUGGGCUGGAGCAGCCAACGUGGCCAAGUGCAAACCCUGCCCCGUGGCACAUGCCAGCGCUGUCUGCGGCUCCGACGGACACACCUACAGCAGCCAGUGCAAGAUGGAGUUCCAUGCCUGUACUUCUGGUAAAACCAUCACAGCUCGAUGUGAAGGGCCCUGCCCCUGCCUGCCAGGACCUGAAAGUUUAAAACACAAGACAGAGAAAACUGCUUGCACAGACAAGGAGCUGAGGAGUCUGGCCUCGAGGCUGAAGGACUGGUUUGGAGCCCUGCACGAGGAUGCCAAUCGUGUCAUCAAACCCACGAGCUCGGAGACAGCACAAGGCAGAUUUGACACCAGCAUCCUACCAAUCUGUAAGGAUUCCUUAGGCUGGAUGUUCAACAAGCUCGACAUGAACUAUGACCUGCUGCUGGAUCCCUCGGAGAUCAGUGCCAUUUACCUGGACAAGUACGAGCCGUGUGUCAAACCGCUCUUCAACUCCUGCGACUCCUUCAAGGACGGGAAGCUUUCCAACAACGAGUGGUGCUACUGCUUCCAGAAGCCAGGAGGUCUUCCUUGCCAGAAUGAAAUGAAUAGAAUUCAAAAGCUAAGUAGAGGCAAGAGUCUGUUGGGUGCUUUCAUCCCCCGCUGCAAUGAGGAAGGUUAUUACAAAGCCACGCAGUGCCAUGGCAGCACGGGGCAGUGCUGGUGUGUUGAUAAGUAUGGCAAUGAGAUAGCUGGCUCCAGAAAGCAAGGCACAGUCAGCUGUGAAGAAGAGCAAGAAACCUCAGGGGAUUUUGGCAGUGGUGGAUCUGUUGUAUUGUUGGAUGAUUUGGAAGAGGAACCUGAAGCAACAAAAAAAGACAAAGAAGGGAAACUGAAGAUUCAUGUAAGAGCAGCUAAUGAAGAUGAUGAAGAUGAAGAUGAUGAUAAGGAUGAUGAAAUUGGUUAUAUAUGGUAGUGCCCAUCAUGAUGAGGACUCACGUUUUGCACAAUAUUGCAACUCACAUCAUAUCUCUGCAAUUGUAUCUGAGAGUACCUGGCACAAAAAUUCCCUCUCUACUGAGUUUAAUUUUGUAUAGCCAAUUUAAUUUGGAUGACAACUUUUUUUUUCCAGCAAAGGACUGUUUGGAAUACAGCUUUUGUUCAGUUGGUUUGGGGGAUUUUUGUUCUAUCCACAGGGGCAAUCAGUUUUGUUUCAAAACCAUUUCGUGUCUUAAUCCUCAUUUGCACCACUUAUGAAAUCCAUCUUGUGAAGGAAUCCUGGAAAGGGCUCAAAAAAAAAAAAACAAUACAAAGGCUUAGAAGCCCCUCUCAUGUCAGAGAAUUUGUGACAUAAAUUGUUACCUGGAUCAUAUGAGAAAAAUAUUUUUCUUUCAUGAAGAAGGAAAAGUAGGUGCCUCGUUUUCCAGUAUGUAUUUAUAAUGUCCCAGUGAAGAGUAAGUAUCUUUGGACAGUGGCUGCCCAGUACCAGGGGUUUAAUCCAGAGGAAAACCCAGGACUGUCAGGACUUUCCCUGAGCAUGAGUCAACAGGUUUAGUCCAGCUCACACUGAAGGCAAAACUCCCACCAGGGCAGAAUCAGCUCACUGACACUUUAUUUGAUAAAGGAACAGGACCUUCUUGAUCUUAAGAGAUGCUGCAGCUGUCCUGGACCAAGGGUGUUUAAGGGGAGAGCAUCUGGUGAAUUUGUAGCACCAUAAGCACCCCCAGAGCUGUUCCUCAUCUGCUCAUUUGCACCAGGAGGGUCCCUGAUAACACACAGGCAGCUCUGCUCCAGCUCACACACCUCAGAGCUCUCUGUUCUCCACUGAGCAGCCCUCCUCCCAAAGCCAGAAUGCUGCCCAAGACACCAGCCCUCAAAAGGAACUGUCCCUUAUUUCAUACAGAUACCUGUUCAAAAAAGCAGCUUUAGGUGGUGAUAUUGCAAAAGCAAAACCCCUUGGCUCAGUGUGGCUGCACACUUGUAAUGCACACUCCUGAAAGAGAAUAGAAUUAAAAUCCAAUCUGUGAUUCCCUCAAUACCUCCCAUAUAUUCAAAGCUCUUGUAUCAGAGCAUAUUGACAUUACAUUAUUUGCAGUGUCCUUUCCCAUGGCAGUUCUCAGAUGCAGUAAUGUGCUGUGGUGAUCUUUUAUUGUUUUUUGCUGUUUUGUGAAGCAGUGAGAGGAACCUUAACCCCACUCUUGCAGUAGGAUGCAGGUGUAAGUAUUUUAGCAGAGCCUGUGGUUGGCCAGUGAGUUAUUCUGCAGAAUGAAAAAUGUGUUUUUUAUAACAAAAACUAAUUAGAUUUUUUUUUCUGAGUUAAUGGUGGAUAUAGAGUUGGAGACAGCAUUGAGUCACAACAUGGUUGUCUACAUAGUUAGUUGAAAGCUGGAAAAUACCACACAGGUUGGCAGAAGUCAGUUUUUAGGUACAUUGGCUUGGGGAUGUUGGCUCUCAGCCCUCUCCAAAGCCAGUGCCUGCCUGGCAGCCCUCUGGGUAGGACCUCUGCUUUCAGAUGUGAUCAGAAGUGGAAUUCCUUUUAGGUACCAUGUGCUGCAGGGGCUCUCCUGUUUUCUCCUCUUUUAUUUCCUAUUUAUCCAGAUCAAUGACCUGAGAACAAAGAGCAAGCCUACAUAAUCAUUAUUAAUGCAGAAGGAUGUGUAAAACCAUGAGGAAUUUGUUGUUUCACGCCCCUGCAUCCUCCCAAAAAUCUGCCAUCACAGUCAUUUGCAAAAGGCCUGCAAUCUGCCCUGCCUCAAAUAAAUCCCUUUGGUUUUCCCAUAGCUUUAGAAAAAUAUAUUUAAUAAUCAUUUUCCAUGAGCUGCACCACACACAGACACAUAUGCACACUUUUUUUAUUUGCCUUUCACAGAAAUCCUGCCAACUUGCAGGAGGAGCAGAUAACCCAGCAUUUCUGUCUCCCUAAAUAUGAUUUUGUGAGAAGCAAUUGAACAGUCAGUAGGUUCCUUCUCAAACAUCCUGUCUAGUUUUCCUCUGGUAUUUUCUUGAUUAACCCCACACUCUCUGGGCCUGGCUGUGCUGUCCUGUGCAAGACCUGCCUGAGGCACAGAGCUGCCAUUUCAUUCUGCCAUAAGUCUGAGCUCCACAAUCAGCAGAUUAUGCUGAUCCUCCUGGCUGGACUCAUUCUCCACACAGAGCCAGGGGAUUUUUGGCAGUCCUGUGUCCCUCCAACACAGAUUAUCCUGGGCUGUGCCUUCCAUCAAAGGUCACAGAGCAAAUCCCUUCUCCUGCCCAGGGCAAAGCCUGGCACUCUGAGCCCUUGCAGGCAGUACCAGGUCUGAGGCUGCAGGGGGCUGUGUCCCGUGUAAACAUGCAAAAUGGUUAAAUUAAAGCUGUUAAAUAAACCUUUAAAAGGGAAUGUGAACAUCUUUGAGGUUACAUGUGCAGACAUGGCAGCACCACCCACUGGUGGUCUCCUGGCUGUGAUCUUUUACAUGAGAUGCUUCCAAGUCAGAGCUGGAAUUAUAAAUCAGAGCUUUAUAUCUAACUGUAAACCAAUUACUGUUUCUCAGACUCACCAGCUCAAACAUGGAGUGGUGAAAUAGCCCCAGUGAAACAGCUCCAUGCCCAGCACAGCCUGUGAAGGGUUGGCUGGCUCAGGUGGCCUCUGGUAGCUCAUCCCCAGCACCCAGAAACACACACAGACACACACAAACUGUUGUAGGCAUGCUGGCCUGGAUGCAGGCACACCCCCCCACUCUCCAGUCACCUCUUUGACUCAUGCAAGUGUUCUUCUGGCUCCAGCCAGAGUGGGAAAUGUGCCAUUUAUGGGCUGGGGCAGCUGGGCAGGGCAGCUGUGCCCAAUCCCAGGGUCCAGCCAGGCAGGAGCUUGCUUGGAAGGGCAGCUCAGAGUCUGGAUUGCUUUGAGAGAAAGUUCCCAAAUCCUGCAAAGAUAUUUAACAAAGCCCUUUUGUGAUCCACUGGCAUCCUCCCAUGGUGGGGACCUGCAGCCUAUAUAUACACAUGUAUAUCUCAGUGUGACUGUAUAUAUGCAUUUAUGCACAAAUAUGUGUGUGCAUAUGUGUAUGUGUGUGUGUGUCCAGUUUGGGGAGAUGCAUUAAGAAAAUCUUCUAUUUAAUGAAAUAGUGAUAAAGAAACCAGCAAUUCUACCAAGAAUCAGUGCUCCUCCAGAUCAAGCCCCUUCCAUUUUUCAUGCUUUGUAAAGGAUUUAAUUUGCUUCAAAGUUAAUUUAAUUCAAUUCCUUUCUUUUUCUUUUUCCUUUUCCUUUUUUUUUUUUUUAAGCAAGACUUACUUCCCAUCUGAAUCAAGUCAGUGACCUUCCAAACAUUUUCUCAUUGUCAAAAAUGGAAUCUGAGUUGUCCCAUUCUUUUAGAGACACAAACCAAAUGGAAUCAGAGUUGUCUCAUUCUUUUAGAAACACAAACCAAUUUUUAAUCUCAUUUUCUUUUCAAAUUACAGUCUAUGAGGUACUGUUAGGCAUUGCUUUAUGUUCCUUUUAACUAGUGUAGUUAAAUCAAAAUGUUGAGUUCAGAUUUCAGCACAGCUGGACUUUUUUUGGUCAUUACUGGCCUUUGCUGUGAACACAAAGAAUCCUCUUUAUUUAGUUUGCCUUUUUUUUAAGCUAUUCUGUACUAUUAUUUUUAACCAUUUGAACUGUUUAUUUAAUAUUUAUUCUACAGUUUAUAUUGAAGAUGUAAAGUUUAUAUUUAAAACAACACUGUUUGUUAGUGAAUGCUUCUCUUUGCCUCCCCAGCCUAGUCUGUUAGUCUCAGUGUACAUUUCUGGCAUGGGAAUAUUUUGAUAUUAGGAGUUUUGUAGCCUUUUCUCCCUCAAGCAGCAACUGAUGUAGAUCUAAGGUCAGCACCUGACCCAGCCCAGGCCGCUCGAGCUUCGCUCCCUCCAUUUGUUGGCUUCCCUGCAGCCCCUCCUGUGUCCCACCCUGCCACCCACAGACUGCCUUGUACAGUUCCUACACAUCAAAAAGCCCUUUCUACAGUAGGUGGGUUCUGGUCUUUUUAUACUUUUCUCAAUGCUGUUGAUGUCUGUUACUGUUCAAUGUGUAGAUCUGUAAGGAGAGAUCCAAAUAUUUCGUGUUUCAGUUCGAUGUCCCUACUGUAGAUGGAUGUAGACUAUCAUAGUAAGUAGAACUGCAUAGUAAAUUCUGAAUGCUUUUUCCAUAAGGAGUUAAGUGGAAUGUGAGCAUUUUGCUACCUUUGGUUAACUGUAAAUGCUUAACUGUAGUCUGAAAUAGUUGCAUUUUUGUCUGUCUCAAUAAAUUUUAAUUUGUCUGCGA